AAAGCUGAAACAAAUCAAAGACAGGUUGCUUUGUCUCUUGUAGUGGAGAAAGAGAGGCGGCCAUGGGAGGAGGAAUGGGUGCGUUUUGGGGAACUCGGGUUAUGGAAAUAGUGAAGAAGCACGAUUCCGGUGGUCUUCUUUGGAAACGAAUCAAGCUUACCCCUACUCGUAAAGCCAAUGCUAAAACCCGCCUCCGUCGCGUUUGGCAGAAUGAGGCUGUUCUAAGGGCGUGUGGUGAAUCAGAUGCAUCAAAUUCGCCGGGAGUUGGCAACACAGAAAGCUGUACCAGUGCGGUAAAAAACGAGUAAGGCGGAAGAGAAGCUAGAGGAGCUACAACAAACAUGGUCCUAGUUAUUUGAUAAGGAAUGGUAGAUUAAGUCUCUGUCUUGACUUGAUUUAACAAAGGAAUAAUAUUUGAAACCUUGUGUUGUUGGGUUAUUGGUUUUACAUGUUGAAUUAAUUUGUUUUUUUUAAGAGUAGGCAUCCCCACACCAAAACAAAAUGUGAUUUGAGUACUGAUCUUCUUUUGUUGUUGUUGUUGUCGUCG